UUCGACACGCAUGGCUGCGGUAAACAUAAAAAUGCAGCAUGAUAGCGUCUAGCUAGCUGUCAAACUAUUCGUCUAGUGAAAUAAGAGUGAAACAAACGUGGUUGAAGAUCGUUUAGUACUCAUAUUGCCUGCCAUGAAACCAGUAGACGACAAUGGUAUAUGGGUAUGGCCUAAGGGGGUACAAGGUCCGGACGAAUAGAAGAACUGAUGGUGAAGCUGUCGUGAUCCCCAACAACAUCCUACUGUGGCCACACAGCAGCAGAAUAUUCUACCCAGGACAGACCACCCGCUGCUAAAUCUGUAAUGCCAUGGACCACCAGGUGAAGGAUUGCAGGACAAGGGAACAGAGAGGUCAAGAGGAGAAACAUCACAAACCCGAGAGCAACAGCCACAAUGAAGAGGAGAACGAUGACAGCUUCGAGUCUGCCAGGGAAGAGCCAUCACGAGACACUUCCCUCCCUGAUGACACAGGUCCUGCAGCAGACUGGUCCACUCAAAUGGAGGCUCAUGAUGACGAUCCACCAAACCUUGCCAGUAUUCCGGCUGCCUCCCAUCUCCCUAGUGGCUACCCUCCUCUGCCCCCAGACACUUCCAGCUCCAACGAAGGUACCCAUCCAUCAAACAGUGACAAGCCUGUGUCUUCUCUCCAGCUGUGACGGCGAUGGAGGAGGAGGUGUCUCUGAGAGUGCUCCCAAUGGACCCAGCGGACCGGGGAACCCAGAGGGUCAGACUGGGCCCAGGGCUGAUGUCCUCCCUGGGGUUGGGGCUGGGCUCUCCUGUUCUGGUGGCUCUGUCUGGAGGGUCCUGUCUCUGUACUGCCUGGCCCAGGCCUGACCUGGCUGACGGAUUCAUACAGAUAGACAUGAAAUGUUGUUCUUCAAAUCUUAUCUUAAACAAAGCUACACCCACACACCUCAGCUCUAGCCCACUUCCCCCCAGCCCAUGCCUAAGUCGUAGCCUCACCCAAGUCUCCUGCCCCAAGCUGAAAGGCAUCAGAAUAACAGUGGUGGUUCAGAGUGUGGAGUUCCGGAAAACCACUCCUCCCAGUUUCAUCCAUGAACUAGUGAAGGACAUGCUGAAAGGGACAUAUGUCCACCAGAAGCACGUGAUAGAUGUGGGUGACCAUGACACGGACAUUAAACUGAUCGUCAUCGAGAGCCUGAACCCAGAGUCCACCGUGACUGGUUUGGUUACAUCUAAGACAGGGGUGGAAAUAAUGGGGACGAGGACCCUCCGAUACUACAGAGGACAGCUCCAGGAGCAGCCCCAGGUCCUACUGGGAGGACUGGAGGAGGUGUCAGCGUGUCUGAGAGAGAUGUUGCGCCUGCCUCUGCAGUACCCUGCUACCUUGGGCUCCCUGGGUCUGUCCUGCCCCAGAGGAGUGCUCCUUGCUGGGCCGCCGGGGGUCGGAAAGACCCUGCUGGUCCGCUGCCUGGUGGGGGAGGUGGGGGCCAGCCUGAUCACAGUCCGAGGACCAGAGGUAGUAGGGUCUCGGCCAGGGGAGAGUGAGGAGAGGUUGCGGGCGGUGUUUGGUCGGGCGCGGGCAGCGGCAGAGGAAGGGCCUUGUGUGUUGUUCCUGGAUGAGCUGGACUCUCUCUGUCCCAGACGGACUGGAUCCUCCGCACCCGAGAACCGGCUGGUCGCUCAACUGCUCACGCUCAUGGACGGCAUGGACCAAUCAGAUCGCUUCCUCAUCGUAGGAGCCACUAAUCAGCCGGACAGCUUGGACCCGGCGCUACGGAGGCCCGGGAGGUUCGACAGAGAGGUAGUCAUUGGUGGUUAUCGGUGCCCCACAGCACAGCAGCGGUUAUCCAUCCUGUCAGUGCUGUGCCGGGCCAUGCCAGUGUGUGUCAGUGUGGACUGGGCAGAGCUGGCCCAGAGGACUACAGGGUAUGUGGGUGCUGACCUCAGUGCUCUCUGCCGUGAGGCUGCCAUGCUGGCUAUACGACACAACACACAGGGUUCAGGGGAGCAGACUAUCACCAUGGAACACUUCCUGUCUGCCCUGAAGACUGUCCGUCCAUCCUGUCUGAGGGGCAGUCUGGGACGGACAGACCUCCCAGCCGUCUCCUGGGAACAGAUAGGAGGCCUGGAGGAAGUCAAAGUCAAAACUACAACAG